UGUUAGCCGCUAGCUCCAUUAUAGGCCAAACGUAAUAGAAAAACAGGCAAUUUAAUGGAGCGAUAUUAGCGUGUGGUGCAAACCCCCAGGAAGUGCCGGAAAGUGAAGCAGAUUUGUAUGAAUGGUCGUAGUGGACAAACGUUGGUACUUCAGCUUCCGUAACGUCGUUGUGGCCCUAAAAUAGUUACUCCCAAUUGAAAGGCCCCGGAUGAUCCGGGUACUUUCUGACUCUAAAGUCGCUCCAUUUUGGGCUUCAUGCGCCUCGUAGGAAUUAACGGUGCCUCCGACGCUGUAUCCAAUACAUCCAUGGUGUGAUGACACCUGGGGACUUAAAGUUCAUAUUUUAUUGAAUUAAGUCCAUGUUAACAUACCGAAUAUAUGCCGAAUUAAAGAACGACUGCUAACAUUUCAUUAUUAAUAGGAUGUUUUAAUUUCUGCCCUAUAUUUUACGUUUACAAAGCCCUUUUUUUAAUUAGCAGUUAUUUACAUCGUAGUUCGGCAAGCGCAUCACUCAGAGGCUAGCUGUUAAAUAGCAAGCUUAGAUGCUGUUCUGCUGGAAUAACAAACUAGCCGGCUUAGCUAAGGCUACAGUGCCAGCUAGCUGGACUUAAGGAUAGUAAUGGAGGGGAUAGACAGCCAGAAAGGACCGGGGUCAGCAGGCUCACCUACCCAGGCUCUCAGUACGCAAUCACCAGUGAACAGCUCCCUGCGUACAGGGGCGUGAUGGCUAUGUAGCAGCAAGCAAGAUCCAUUAUCGGACACAGUUGCUAGAUUGUAUCAUUCAAAUAUUAUUCAAAACCAUAUGUUAAUGUUAUCGUGUGCGUGUAGGAGAAAGGCAUACGAGUAAACGUUUCUACAGUAAAAAUGUCAAGUGGAAGCAGGUGGUGUGCAGCCAUCCAGAAAUCGUGACCAGAAGCUGCAGCUUUCAUCUCCAGCGUGUUAAACUCACUGAGGCAUUAACCUGCCACCAGCUUCUCAUGCAUAUGAUCAUGACAACAUAACUACAACAAAUAUGAAAAAUAUAUCAUUUUAACUGUAUGCACCAUGCAGACAGACCAAGGCCCAACUCAAUGUCUGAUGAAGGUCAGUCAUCAUUGAAACCAGGAAGGCAACCUCCAUUUAUUUGUAAUUAUAGAUGUAUUGCUCAUAUGUAAUUAAAUCCAUAAUAUCCCACACAUGGCACUAAAGUCAGUUCUUAUUUUGAUCCCACUGCUAUUACAGCAUAUAAUCCUGCUUCUAUUAUAUCAUGCCCUGCAUUCAAAAUUGUAGUUGUUACUGUGUUCCACAAUAUUAUAAUACAUGCAGUCUCCUGGUUUCUUGUACAUAAAUGCAUAAUCAAGUAGCUACUGUAAUAUGCACCAGCUAAUAUUCUGCCAACAGACCAUUCUGAAUGAAUUAGAUGGCAUUAUUGCCUUUAUAAGUAGAUGAGUAUCACAGCGUCAGUAUCAGUGAUUAUUUGCAGUGUUGUGAGUCGAGCUGAUAAGGCUGUAAUUGACUGACAGAGGUGUUGGUUCAACAGGGAAAUGAGUGAGUGCAGAUGGAGAAGAGGAGAGUCCUCGUGGUGAUAGACCGGGGGCUGCACGUUAAAAGCUUUUAAUGACCGAAAAGCACCAUAUCAUCACUAACACUUUCACUCAACAGUCAGCCACUGACAUCAAUUAAGACAAGGAUCCACUUCGUAAUAGUUUAUACUAUAUGACUAAAAUAAGCAUUAAAAUGGAAUACAAAAUCUGCAACAACAUAGUGAUAAUUUGAUCCUGUCCAAGUCUUUGAACUAUCAGUUGACACAUAAUAAUAUGCAAGUACUUUAAAUGCCUGUAGGCAAGACAAGAAAAGCAGCAAAUCCUCACAUUCAAACAACUGUGACAAAUGAUAUAUAUUUGUUAGUGGUACUGUAUAUUAUUAUUAACAGCUGAGUCGUGCCAGUUCUCUUUAUGAGAUGUUUGUGUCUCUCAGAUGUGUCACUUUCCCCCCAUGUUGCUCUAAAAAUGAAGUUAUUCCUGCUUUUAGCAUUCAAAGCAGCUGUGCCACCAGCCUGUAUCUACCCUUCAGACAUUUUCCCUGGUGAUAAAAUGCCUCAUUGCUCCUGCAGCCUGGAUGUCUCAUUUGUUUCCAUUCACGGACCAUUUGCUUAAGCUGUCAGUAAGGUUGUCGGCCACAUCUCUUUUCCCCUGGAGGAUCAUAGCAGUUUCAGUGACGCUGUUAAACAUCCACAGCACAGAUUAGUGUUUGAGAAAUCAUCAACAGGCAGCGUUUGGCUUUAGUGAGUCAGCAGAGGAGCAAUGUGCCUGCUGCCGACCAACGCUUUGGUUAUUUAUCAGCUUUAAGAAGUUUUAAAGGGAUCUGAUCAUGUGGAUUUUUGUUGGUGAUCAAGGGACAACAAAUAAACUACUGUAAUGUCAAAUAUAUUUUAUCUUGAGUCAAAAGAUUAUUACUUGUGCGUGCACGUUUUUCUUUUUCUUGUAGGAACUCUCAGGGGCUCUGUACUAAUCUACUAAUCAACUAAUUAAAAAAAGAAGUCUUCAGAUAAUCCAAGGUCCUUAUAUAUAGAAUAACUCUUUAAAUAUAAUAUCCAAGGCGUUGCGUUUGAGGUCUUCCAGACGGCCUGCAGCUCUGACUCCAGUCUGUGAUUACGAGGGUCCUCCGGAGGCUGUGCUCUGGUUAAUAAGGGGUUACAAAUGUUGUAAUGCAGGGGGAGAUUAUCCCGCCUACGUCGCUUUUCCGCGCUUUUUUGCACCAAAGCCUGGAUGCUGGCGUGCUGCCCGGGAGUUGUCGGGGCCUGCAGGAGCAGAUGAGUCACGGAUGGAUUUGUGCAGCGCCGCCUCUCAACAACUCCCUCUUUAAUGUCUGCCUCCACAGCAAUUUAUUAUGACAUCUGUGAGCGAGCACUCGGGUCAAACACACUCAGCACAAACUACAGACACACGACUGACUGUGUGACGUGUCAAGUAGGCUGGUGGUGAUAUUUAUUUAACUACAUUAAAACUCCUAACUUCAUUGGAUAAUAGGCACCGUUCCCAACGUCUCAAAAUAACAUCAGAACGAUUGAUCUGUCUGCUGGAUAUCAUGGUAAUCAUACACUAACAAAUAUUGAUUCCCACCCCUGCAUCUCUACAUUUAAUGACAUUUGAUGCAGACUAGUUCCUCGGUUGUGGAGAUAAUGUAGCAUUUCAGAGCAGCAGCAGCAGCAAUCUCAUGCCACCUUUCUGUAUGAGCUGUGUGUGUUGUACCACAGCUGACUUUUAAAAACACAUGGCGCCAAUGAGAGCGGCUGGAUUAAUGAGACGAUGCUGCAGGAUCCAGAUGUUCCAACCUCUGACCCCUGUGGGGGGGGGGGGGAUACUCCCUCACAGGCCUCAUUAACUUAACAAGAAUGUUACUUCAAUACCGUUUCAUGUCAUGUGUGUUUAAAAUGUACUAUACCGAGAUAGUUUGGAUGUUUUGAAGUGUGUUUGUCGGACGUACUUUUUCCUAAUCUGUGUAUUACUGCAGUGGAUUUAAAGAAACAGAUAGAAGCUAAGCAAUGCACAUAUAUCUACAAAUCUACUGCAGUAAUACAUUACAAAUAUAAGUACAACAUACAACCCUACUUUAAAACAACUAAGCUUACCCUUUAACAUGCCAUCCCCAGUAUGCAAAGUGCUUAUUCUGAUUGAUCUAUUAAUGUUAUUUUGAUAUGCCAUAUUCACAACUCCAUUACUUACCUAGUGUAAUGGUCUGCUGCUGAUGUGUUCAUACUGUGCUUUAAUGUGGUUUCCACUGUAACUAAUUCAGUAUUAUUCCCUCUGUUCACUCUCUCCCUGUUGUUGAUCUGCUUGCUUUGCAUUUGAGAAGGAAGGCGGGCAUCCUGCCUAGUCUGGAGGACCUGCUCUUCUACACCAUCGCAGAGGGCCAGGAGAAAAUCCCAGCGCACAAAUUCACCACAGCUCUUAAAGCCACAGGGCUACGCACAGGAGACCCCCGGCUGAAAGAGUGCAUGGAGAUGCUCAAACAGACCGUGAAGACGACCUCUGAUGGAGCUCUCGACCGACACCUCUUCAAAAAGUGCGUGCAGAGCAACAUCGUGCUGCUCACUCAGGCCUUCAGGAAGAAGUUUGUCAUCCCAGACUUCCAGUCCUUCUGCGCACACAUAGACGAACUCUACGAUAAAGCCAAAAACAUGCCAGGAGGACAGGUGGCCGACUACAUCCCCCAGCUGGCCCGCUUCAGCCCCGACCUGUGGGCCGUCUCCCUGUGCACCGUGGACGGACAGAGGCACACAGUGGGCGACACCAAGGUCCCCUUCUGCCUGCAGUCCUGCGUGAAGCCGCUGAAGUACGCCAUCGCCGUGCACGACCACGGCACCGAGUACGUGCACCGCUUCAUCGCCAAGGAGCCCAGCGGCCUGCGCUUCAACAAGCUCUUCCUGAACGAGGAAGAUAAACCACACAACCCCAUGGUUAAUGCUGGAGCCAUUGUGUGUACCUCCCUCAUUAAGCAAGGGGCAAGCAACGCUGAGAAGUUUGAUUAUGUGAUGAACUUCAUGAACAAACUGGCAGGAAACGAGUACGUCGGCUUCAGCAACGCCACAUUCCAGUCGGAGCGAGAGUCUGGAGACAGAAACUUUGCCAUCGGCUACUACCUGAAGGAGAAGAAAUGUUUUCCAGAAGGCACAGACAUGACAUCCAUCCUCGACUUCUACUUCCAGCUGUGUUCCAUCGAGGUGACUUGUGAGAGCGCCAGCGUCAUGGCGGCCACUCUGGCCAACGGCGGCUUCUGUCCAAUCACAGGCGAGCGUGUGCUGAGCCCCGAGGCGGUGCGGGACACUCUGAGUCUGAUGCACUCCUGCGGCAUGUACGACUUCUCGGGACAGUUCGCCUUCCACGUGGGUCUGCCGGCUAAGUCUGGAGUGGCCGGUGGGAUUCUGCUGGUUGUUCCCAACGUGAUGGGCAUCAUGUGCUGGUCUCCUCCGCUCGACAAGCUGGGCAACAGCGUCAGAGGCAUCCAGUUCUGCACGGACCUGGUUUCCCUAUUCAACUUCCACAACUACGAUAACCUGAGACACUUUGCUAAGAAGCUGGACCCCCGCAGGGAGGGGGGAGACCAGAGGGUGAAGUCAGUGAUCAAUCUGCUCUUUGCUGCGUACACCGGGGACGUCUCGGCUCUCAGAAGGUUUGCGCUGUCCUCCAUGGACAUGGAGCAGAGAGACUACGACUCCAGGACGGCGCUGCAUGUGGCCGCCGCUGAAGGGCAUGGAGAGGUGGUUCGCUUCCUGCUGGAGGGUUGUAAAGUUAACCCAGUUCCCAAGGACAGGUGGGGGAACACCCCUCAGGACGAGGCGGUCCACUUCGGACACCUCGACGUCGUCACCAUCCUCCGAGACUACCACGCCAAGUACAGCCCUCUGGAGGUGGCCGAGGACAAAGAGAAGAGCGAGACCAACCUGGACGGGCUGCUCUGAGGGAGCAAGGGGGAGGCUGGGAGGAAACGUGUUCAUCUGCAUCAGAAGGUCAGAGAGCAAGAACCAUAACUCGUAGAAAACAGUUAACAUUACAACCGUAAAACCCCUUUAGAAACGACUUAAGGUUCCCUUUGCACACAGGACACCCCUCCAGAAGAAAAGCUCCUCCUCAUGCUACUUGAUGUUGUCGGUUUUGUAAUAUAUUGUAUUUACUUUAAGUGAGGAAUAUAUUGUUGUAUUUCCCCUUCUGUAUUCAGCUUUGUAGCUUUUUAAGAACCAGCCGCCGCAUUGAAUGCUGGGUAAAUUCAGCUGCGGCUGGUAAAUCCCCGCACUCUUGUUAUUUACUUUAUAAAUUAUGGUUUUUAUUCUGAAAAGCUUAAAAAAAACUGGAAGUAUGGGGCAUUUCGAACCCUGGUUUAAACCUUCGUCACUUCAUCAUCAUGGUGGAAUGUAUCCUCCCCAACACUCAAGUGUGUGUGUGUGUACGUGUGUGUGAUAUUUAUCUGUUUAAGAUAAAAUGUAGUGUGUGUAUAUUCCUGACAUGAGUGUAAAUACGUACAGGUGUAUAGUAGUUGUUGCUUCGAUCACAAGGAGUUAUAUUUCACUGGACAGCGUUUUCUUUUCACCGUCUUCAACUGUCGUUUUAUUCUUCACUGUAUGAUUUGAUAUUUAUUUUUUGUAAGGAAAUAUUGUCAGCCAAAGUUCAGGCUGUCUGUGGAAAGAGUUUUACAUAUUAUAAAUGACACUGCCAGCGCUGACAGCGGCUUGAAUUACUGUAAACAUCCCAGAGGUUUCAUAUGUUAACGCUUGCACUCAACAACGGACUACACACAGAUUAUUAUAAAUGUAACUGGAGAUCAUGAAGUUUACUAAGUAUAUCAAACUGAACUUGUGGAAGAUAUGUUUAACAUGCUGAUCAACACAAUCACAAUAUGUGUAUUUUUAUGAAUGCAGCCAUAAUGAACAAUAUGGACUUUUUCUUUAUUACAUUUUACAAUUUAAUUAAAAUAAAAUGUACAUUUUCUUUAUUUGAAUUAAUGACAAAGACUAAAGAUCAAAUUUAGUCCAAAAGAGACUUGAAUUAAAUCGGUGAAUUUAACUAGCAGGCUCCACAAAGCUCUAAUAUUAACCUUCUAUAUGUAUAUGUUAAGGUUAUGGUCAAGUGGAUUUAAAGAGUUUGAUGUUCAUCCAAGUCAAAGAUAAUAUCCUUGUUGAGUGCAGCUGUUGCUUUUCGUUACUGCUUUGUAAUCCAGAGGUGUUUAAAUAUGUUAUCAUUGCUAUUCAUCUGAACAUUUGAUUGAAAGUGGAGGCUUUAAUGCCUCUGUAAUGUAUCACAGGAAGUACGAGGCGUGUGUCACGGUUCCUGCAGAAUACUCAGGAAGGUCCGGAUUAGAAACACAAAGAGAAGCAGCUUUAUAUCGCAGAAGGAUUGUUUUUGUUUAUUCUGUGAUGUGCAGAAGAAUCUGAUGUAGUGAGAGGUCGUGCAGAUGUUUCCAGACGUUGUUCUGUGUUUUUGUAGCGUGUCUGAAGUUUGGAUGUUGAUUCUGUGCGGACAAACUGAACCAGGCAAUCAACAUAUAUUAUCUACACUCCAAAUGUAGUGCAUUUUAGGGAUCAGUUCAUUCAGUUUGAUUAGAAUUGUUAUUUGGGUUAUUGAUACCUCAAUGAGUGUCCACCCGGUCAAUAUCGGCUUGGAAUUGUUAUUUAAAGGUUAAAAAUGAGUAAAAGAAGCACAAAAUGCAAUAUUUUGAGACUAUUAGCAAUACAUAUUUAAUGAUUGUACGAUCAAUUGAGCAAUAUGUGUUGGAUGUGGUCCCGGCCUGCAGCGACUGAAGUAUUCUGAAUGUAACGUGUUUCUGUUUCAUGUAUAUUUAUGCUGCUGAGUGUCGCAGACAGUUCAGAUAUUUAUUCACAGAUCAAACGUUUAAUAAAGUUAUUAAAAUCAAAGAAGUUGUUGUGUUUUCAGUGUACCUGCGGGGGCUCACACAGUGUCAUCACAUUAGGUCAGAGCUGUGCAGUGCAAUGGAAGUUCACUUCCUUCAAACUCAGGAGUCACACAUUGAUCAUUUAUUCAUUUCACAUCUAACCAGUAUUCAACAUUUCAAAAUACACAUCAUCAAACUCUGUUUCGACAUGUUUCUACCUAUCAAAUGUUUCCUUUGCAUGUGAAGAGUGUGAAAGUAGAUU